AUGACUAUCAUAUUCUACGACAUUCCAUCAACUGCACCAGGGAGCGCCUGGUCCCCAAAUACCUGGAAAGUUAGAUAUUGCUUGAACUACAAGGGAAUACCUUACAAAACCGAGUGGGUCGAAUACCCCGACAUCAAAAAGCACUGCCAAGAACGUGGGAUUGAGCCCACUUUUACUGGGCCAGGAGCGCCCGAGGGAGGCCUGUACACGCUCCCUGCGAUACACGAUCCAUCCACGGGCAUCUACCUCGCCGACUCCCAGGCCAUCGCCGAGUACCUCGAGAAGACCUAUCCAGAUACCCCACCCGUGUUUCCAGAUAACACCGCCGCCCUUCAGAUAGGCUUCGCGCGAGGGUUCCAUCGCACAGCGCUCGAGGCGCUGCCGGAGUUCAUCCAGCCCGCUAUACUCGGACGCCUUAACCCAGCUAGCCAGGAGUUCUUCCGACGCACGAGAGAAGAAGAUUUUGGGAUGAAACUGGAGGACGUCUUGCCGCAGGGCGAGAAGCGGAUCGAGCGUUGGGCGAAGGUGAAGUCGGAUUUUGGCCAGGUCGCGGAUUGGUACGAUAGGAAUGGAGGGAAAGAUCCGUUCUUAUUGGGAGAGAAGCUGUCGUGGGGAGAUAUGGUCGUUGCGGGCUUCACGGUCUGGCUAAAGAUUAUAUGGGGGGAAGAUAGCACCGAGUGGAAGGAGAUCGAGACGUGGCAUAAUAGGCGGUGGAAGACCCUCCUCGGUGCUUUGGAGAAAUACAGUGCAAUCCACUAA